AUGGUGGAUGUCGUGAAAGCGGACGGCAUGGAGUGCUCCUCCCAAUUUGGUGUAGCUCCCAUUGACGCCUUGCCUGAGGAUCUUCUACGGGAGAUCAUGCUUCUAGCUCUCCCUGAGUGCGAUUUGGACCAUCCGGAGUGGCCCGGGCCGGGGCAGGGCCCUGUGCAGUCUCUUGGGUGGCUCAAUACUCUGCGUCUCGCCGGCGUGUCCCGACAUUGGAGACAAAUUGCUGAGGACCACCCGCACCUUUGGAGCUGCUUCCGAGUAUCCGUAGGCGUGCAUCGGUUGGUGCCGUCCAAGGCACUUCACUUGACAAAGCUCUGGAUGUCUCGUGCCAAGGGGGUCCCACUCUGUAUAUCAUUCUAUCUUCCCUGGGGAUGUACGGAGCUGCCCCCGGGAAAGAUGCAGCUUGCCGUCGAAUGGAUGGAUCUCCUUCAGGCAAAUCUGCAUCGCUGCAGGAACCUGAAACUCUGCGGCCCGUCCCGUACAAUAUCACGACUGUCGGCAUCUUCUGACAUGUCCCGACUGGAGAACCUCGCGAUCUUGAACACAAUCGAAGACAACUCCUUGAGCCUGAAAGGUGUCUCGGCCCUCGCCUCUGCGACAAGGAUCCGGCGUGUUUAUCUUGAGGGGAUUAGCCCCGACUUCAACAUUAAAUCCAUCAACUGGGUGUCGGUCAGGGAUCUAGUGCUUGAUAUAUGUGGUCAAGCAUUGACAGCAUGCAUGGAUGUGCUCGUGGAGUGCCCGAAUCUCCUCACCCUAAAAUUGACCGUGAAAUGCUUAGACAGUCGGGACGUGCCACGAUGGUGGCGCCCACGGCCGACUUACGCCAGGCUGCACACACUUGACGUCGACGCGCCAGAUGGAUAUGUCGACCUUGCGAUUUUCGUGGGCUGGCUCUGUGUUCCUGCCUUGCGCUGCCUGAAAAUCAAAGCAGGGAUAUACCUCUGGCCCCAGAUCAUGAGGAUAGUUGAGCGAAAUGCGUCCCCAAACCAGCUCCAGGAGCUCGAAGUGGACCAUAACUAUGACCGUCCGUUCAGCAGAGACGAGAGGCACCUCCUAGAAUUCUUCAGGUGGAUACCUCAGCUGAGGAUUCUCAGGAUGAUCGGAGGACAUCAGGCGUUGGGCCCGACAAUCCUGGACCGCAUGACCGUCAGACCCAAUUCAACUCUGGGCGAUGUUCUUCUGCCGAAAUUGGAGACCUUUGAAGCAUAUUCGAUAGGCUCUGGCUGCGAUCCCGAACGUGUUCGGGAACUGCUCGAGUCAAGGAUCAACUUCGCAGGUGAUGCUGGCAUCGCACGCUUGAAGAGCGCACGGGUGACCCACAAGCAGACGCGUAGUGAGUGGGAAGUUACAGAAUGCGGGACAAUCAAAGUUUCUGGGUAUAGCGAUGAUAGGAUUGACGGCCUCUACUACUUCUAA